UUGAGUUACAAGACAUCUGCUAAAUAGAUGACACGCCAGUUGUCGCAAGUCUAGUUGUCCUCAGCUUCGGACGAAGGCGAGUUGCCUCUAGGAUCACGUUACUGUCUAUAAUAGUAACUGGCGAUGGGGCCGAAGGCCCUUCAGCUGGCCGCAACGUUUGUCGUCGUCGUUUUUCUUUUGAUCAGGGUUGAAUCCGUACGCACGAAGUUUAGGAAACAGCGAUCAAAGCCGCUCCAAGCUCAACAACCUGUGAACGCUGAUUACGAUUACGAGUAUUACGACUACGACGAUUACGAGGAUAGGAAUGACACUGCUACCACAACUCCACCGCCGCCUAUUCUAUCUGGUAUCAACACUCCGAACAGGGGUGGCUUACUCACAGAUGGACUGCCAAACCUCUACAGGCCAACAUUGCCUACAGAUCCACCGACAUCGACAACAAUUGAUUCUUACAAUCAAGGAUCGUUAGAUGAAUUGCAUACAACAGUGGAACGUGGUGCACCACCGACCGAGAUCGUGCCUGGAGAGAGCAAUGUGAUAAAUUCUGUAGCUGUUCCUGGACCGAGAGGAGAUCCUGGUCGACCCGGAGACGCAGGUCGUCCAGGUGACGCAGGCUUUCCAGGACAGCCAGGAACUCCAGGAGUGCCGGGACUUCCAGGGCCACCAGGACCCGUUCCCGACGUAUCAUUGUAUUACCAACAAUUAGCUUUGUCUCAAGCAAAUCAAGAUAAGGGUCCAACAGGAGCCGCAGCACCUCUCUAUGGUCCGGAAACUUAUCUUCAGGCACAAGUAGGUCCCGCAGGUCCACGUGGUCCACCAGGUCCACCAGGUUUGCCUGGACCACAAGGGUUUCAAGGAGUGCGAGGAGAACCUGGGGAGCCUGGGACACCAGGCCUUCCAGGUGCACCAGGCCCACGCGGAUUACCCGGUUUAGCCGGAAAAGAUGGUAGCACCGGUGACGAUGGAGAACCAGGUCCACCAGGGUCGGCCGGUCCAGUUGGACCAAGGGGCCUUCCAGGAAUGCCCGGCCUCCCGGGAGUAAAAGGACAUCGUGGUUUCCCAGGAUUAGAUGGCGCGAAAGGAGAACAAGGCACACCAGGUGAAAAGGGAUCUAUGGGUGGACCCGGACCGAUGGGACUCGUGGGUUCAAUAGGCCCGGCAGGUCCUCGCGGUGAGAGAGGUAGAGAAGGUCCGUCUGGGCCUCCAGGAAUAAGAGGAGUGGACGGAAUUCCUGGUCCUCCUGGACAGCCCGGUGCACUGGGUAAGCCAGGAUCUCCUGGUUUUCCCGGUAGUCCAGGUGCGAAAGGAGACGAAGGAGCUCAAGGAGUAAAAGGAAGUCAAGGCAUACAAGGCCCGCGAGGUGAAACUGGACGCCCCGGACAACCUGGUGAGUCAGGACCCCAGGGACCUCAAGGAAAAGACGGAACACCAGGAGAGAAAGGAAGCACUGGAGCACCUGGUUUGGUAGGUGCUCCAGGUUUUCCAGGUGCUCGUGGACAACCUGGAAUAUCUGGUAAUCCUGGAACUCCAGGUGCAAAGGGCAUGCCUGGAUUUCCUGGAGAAAGAGGGUUCAAGGGAGAUAGCGGGGUCAAGGGUGAUUCAGGAACUCCAGGACCUCGCGGUUUACCUGGACCUCCCGGUAACGAGGGUAAACGAGGAAAACGAGGCAUGCGCGGUCCUAGCGGUGUACCCGGACCUCCCGGAGAACGUGGAACACCGGGUGCACCAGGUCUCCCAGGACCGGAUGGACCCAUGGGUCCUAAAGGUCAGCCAGGAGACCGUGGACCUACCGGUCCGAUUGGCCCGAAAGGAGCUACAGGAGAUCCCGGACGUCCAGGACCACCCGGGUUACAGGGGACACGAGGAUUGAUGGGCCGAACCGGCGCCCCCGGGAAACCAGGUAAUCCGGGCGAGCGGGGUAUUCAAGGUGCCGAUGGAAAACCUGGUGAACAGGGUCCACCCGGAAUACAAGGCUUACCUGGUCCAUUAGGUCUUACAGGAGAAAAAGGAUAUCCGGGUGAGCCAGGUAAAGCGGGCGAACCGGGAAGUCCUGGUCCGCCUGGUCCAAGGGGCGACACAGGAAAAGAAGGAGCACCUGGAUUACAAGGUUCACCAGGACCAUCGGGAGCUGAUGGCGAACGAGGACCUUCCGGCCCUCCCGGGCCUAGAGGUUUUCAGGGUUUUCCAGGUGCAACUGGUAACCCAGGAACUCCGGGAAAAGAUGGAGAAGCUGGUGUUCAGGGACCACCUGGUCCACCUGGUACGCCCGGAAAUAGAGGUGAACGGGGAUUUCCUGGCGAGAGAGGUGCACCAGGUCCAUUGGGAUUAACGGGGCCAAGAGGAGAACCAGGGACGCAAGGUUUAGAUGGUCCACCGGGAUUGCCUGGACCUAAAGGGGACAGGGGAACACAAGGACCAUCAGGUUUAAUGGGACAACCAGGUUUGCGAGGACCGCCCGGAGAAACAGGACCAAAAGGGGACAGAGGACCGUCUGGACCAAUUGGGCCAGAAGGCCCUUCGGGACGAAUCGGGGAGCGUGGCCCGCAGGGUCAAAUCGGUCCACCAGGACCACCAGGCGAACCAGCAGAACGUGGGGAUCCCGGUUCGCCUGGACCUCCAGGAGAAGUUGGCGCUUCUGGAAAUCCCGGAGAGAGAGGACCUCAAGGAUUGCAAGGUUUACAAGGAUUUCCAGGGCCACAGGGACUCAUCGGUUUACCAGGAUUAAAAGGUGACCGCGGUUAUCCCGGUUUAAAAGGAGAUCAAGGAAAUCAUGGUACACCCGGCAUCCCUGGCGAACCCGGGGCACAAGGCUUAAUUGGAUUAACGGGGGCUAAAGGAAUGAGAGGCGAACCAGGCGCCAGAGGAGAAUCAGGAAUCGCAGGACCACCUGGAAUACCGGGUCCAAUCGGAGCAACGGGCCCGUCAGGCUCGAUAGGACCAGCAGGACCUCCUGGUUUACCAGGCAUCAAGGGUAACGUUGGAGAAGCAGGCCGAACAGGAAGUCCCGGUCCAGCCGGAAUUCCAGGUUUACCUGGCGCGGAUGGUAGCAAGGGCGAGAGCGGCUCACAGGGACCACCGGGAAUACCUGGACCUCAGGGUCCGCAAGGUCCUAUUGGAGAGAGAGGUUUGCCUGGUUUACCAGGACCAUCGGGACCGAUGGGCGCCAGAGGAUUGCGAGGGGCACCGGGAGAAUCUGGCGUACCCGGGAAACCAGGGACGGAAGGUCCACCCGGGUUAACCGGCCUGAUCGGACCUAUUGGACCACCUGGAGCUCCAGGAGAAACUGGACCGGAGGGUCCUAUCGGUAAACCUGGGCCACCUGGAAUAGGUGGUCGCCCUGGAGAUAAAGGACCACCGGGAUCAGUAGGACAAACGGGGUCACCUGGUUCUCCGGGUUUACCGGGAUCGCCUGGGCAAGCAGGUCUUCCGGGACCGUCUGGAGAAAGAGGACCAAAGGGAGAAGCAGGGCCGCAAGGUGUUGAAGGACAACAAGGAGCUCGGGGGAAACCGGGACCCAUAGGACUCGAAGGUCCAAAAGGCGAACGCGGGGAAGAGGGUCCGAAAGGUGCGAAGGGUCAUAGAGGUUUUACGGGUUUGCAAGGACUUCCUGGACCCAUUGGUCCAGCGGGCGAGAAAGGAAUACCUGGUCUUCCUGGAUUACCAGGGAAAGAUGGAGAACCUGGGCCUAGAGGUAGCCCAGGUCGCGAUGGUAAUCCUGGAUUGAUUGGAUUAAGCGGAAAUCCAGGACCAAAGGGCCCACCAGGUGACGAAGGUCGUCACGGUCCAGCUGGACCACCCGGGCCACCGGGACCGCCAGGUCCACCUGGCGAGAUUGGACUAGGAUACGAUGCUGCAUCUCUAGCUGUUCUGUUAGGGCAAGGUCAAACUAAAGGACCAGAUCCAUUAAUUGGCGACGAACCACCGAGAAUGUUCGGUCAAGAUAUGACAGAAGAAGAAAGGCAAGAACUCAUUACAAAAGCGUACAAUCAACUGAAAUCGUCGUUCCAAAAAUUGAUAAAGCCAGACGGUGAGAAAUAUUCACCGGCCAAAACUUGUAAGGAUCUUUACAGCGCUUAUCCAGACAAACUUUCUGGAGAAUAUUGGGUCGAUCCCAAUGAAGGUGACACCAGAGAUGCAAUUCUAGUACACUGCGAUGCUACGAAGCGUGCUACGUGUCUGUUACCAAGUCCUGUUCGAUCCCCAGAAAUUACAUACAUCACCGAUCAGCCAGAAACAUGGUUGAGCGAAAUAGAAAACGGGAUGAGGAUUACAUACAAAGCAGAUAGCAAUCAAAUUGGUUUCCUGCAACUACUGUCUACGAACGCGUAUCAGAAUAUAACGUACCACUGCAAAAAUAGUGUUGCGUAUUUCGAUGCUGAGAGAAAAACAUAUAGAAAGAGCAUGAAAUUUUUAACAUGGAACGAUGCCGAAUUAACUGCACGAGGAAAUCAACGUUUGAGAUACGAAAUGAUCCUGGAUGAGUGUAGAAUAUACAAUGGUCAAUGGGGCAGGACAGUUGUAUUAUAUGAAACCGAUAAACCUGUAAGGCUGCCUUUGAUAGACGUGUCCUUGCGUGAUAUAGGAAAACCUGAUCAAAGCUUUUAUAUUGAAAUUGGUCCUGUUUGUUACAUGUAAUAAAUUGGAAUUCUAUAAAUACAUCUUUACAAUCUUA